AAAAAGAAAAACGACAACCUUUUUAGGAGGAGGGUGCGGGGGGGUUUGUUGGCGAAAAUUGGUUGGCUCAACGAACGCUUCAACGGCAUUAUUUCCCGGCCAAUCUCUCUUUCUCUCUCUUGUUUCUCUCUCCUCCUCUUCCUCUUUCUUUGAUUCCAAAUUCUCCAACCAAAUUUCCCCCAAAAACAGAAAACAAAGAAACAAACAGUUGGGUCUCAAUUUCACGAAAUUCUCUUUUUCUCUCUCAUUUUCUCCAAUUGAAGCUAGGGUUAGGGUUCGGAGUUUGGGAUUUUUCGCGUUUCUGGUUGUGGAUCGCACAGAUGCGGCGUGAUUGAAAGGGACGAGAGGAAGAGGCGGAAGAAGAAGAAGAUCGAGCCCUCAGGUGAAGAUCUGAGGCUUUCGUUUCUUUUUCGGAAAGAUUUUUCAGAAGAAGGAAAAUGAGCGCUUCGAGGUUCAUAAAGUGCGUUACGGUUGGCGAUGGAGCUGUGGGAAAGACGUGUCUGCUUAUCUCCUACACCAGCAACACCUUCCCCACGGAUUAUGUGCCUACUGUUUUUGACAAUUUCAGUGCAAAUGUGGUUGUCAAUGGGAGCACUGUUAACUUGGGAUUGUGGGAUACUGCUGGACAGGAGGACUAUAACAGGUUAAGACCCUUGAGUUAUCGUGGGGCAGAUGUUUUUAUACUGGCAUUCUCCCUCAUUAGCAAAGCCAGCUAUGAAAAUGUCUCGAAGAAGUGGAUCCCAGAAUUGAAGCAUUAUGCACCUGGUGUUCCAAUCAUUCUUGUUGGAACUAAACUUGAUCUUCGGGAUGACAAGCAGUUCUUUAUAGACCAUCCUGGUGCCGUACCUAUUACUACAACUCAGGGGGAGGAGCUCAGGAAGCUCAUUGGAGCAACUGCUUACAUAGAAUGCAGUUCGAAAACGCAGCAGAAUGUGAAGGCAGUGUUUGAUGUAGCUAUAAGGGUUGUCCUUCAACCGCCAAAGCAGAAGAAAAAGAAAAGCAAAGCACAAAAGGCGUGCUCCAUAUUGUGAUUGGAUAUAGGUGUAAAGAAAGACAACAACCCUCCAUUCUGCCUGUAAUCUCCCUCCUCCCUCCUUUUCCUUGUCCUCUUUUACCUUUUUCUCCUGAAGAAGUUAGAGUUCCCGAGAUAUAUUGUUUAACCUUUAACAAUAUACUCUGGAAACCCUGAAGCAUCAGGUGGUUUGGUGUGGUUCCUCCUUGGAAUUGUUGUGAUCCUUUAUUGUUGAGUUGCAAUGGUUA